AUGAGGUCAGUUAAGGUAGAUGAAGUAGAAAUGAAGUCGGUUAAGGUAGAUGAAGUAGAAAUGAAGUCGGUUAAGAAACAUGGAAAUGAGAAACAUGGAAAUGAGAAACAUGGAAAUGAGAAACAUGGAAAUGAGAAACAUGGAAAUGAGAAACAUGGAAAUGAGAAACAUGGAAAUGAGAAACAUGGAAAUGAGAAACAUGGAAAUGAGAAACAUUUCCAUGAGAAACAUGGAAAUGAGAAACAUUUCCAUGAGAAACAUGGAAAUGAGAAACAUUUCCAUGAGAAACAUGGAAAUGAGAAACAUUUCCAUGAGAAACAUGGAAAUGAGAAACAUUUCCAUGAGAAACAUGGAAAUGAGAAACAUGGAAAUGAGAAACAUUUCCAUGUUUCUUAUGGAAAUGAGAAACCACGCCCCGCCCCCCCUCAAACCACCUGGAAAGUUAUUUACAUAUUUGUGAUGGUCUGA